UCAACGUGGGACACACGAAAAUGUGAAGUUGUUUUGAACCCGUCUGGAAUUUGUAGUACCAAGACACGAUCAUAAUUUUACAUGCUAUAUAAUACCAGCCGUGUAAGUUACAGCGGGACUCGUGUUGCCAUGAUGCCAGGAGAAAGCCAGUCCAAAACGGCAGCCAUUGCCGCGGACGCGACAAAUGGAAAAUGCCAAAACUGCUCUGUUUUGCACCAGAGCCUGACAGAAUAUGUGUCGUCAUUUCUUGCACUGAAACAGAAAAUAACGGUUUCAGAUGACACAAUCAGGCUUCAACAGCAGCUGGAAGAGUUGCAGACCCGGUUGGUUACUCAGGAGAAAAAGACAGCAGAUUAUGAAUCUUUACAUGCAGAACUGGAAGAAAAGAGGAGUGCUCUGAAAGCUUGUGAACAGCUGUCUGAAGAGAUGGAAAAAUUGAAGCAGGAAAACAGCAACACAGUAGCCGAGAAUAAGAAGCUUGAAGACCAGUUAAAAUCUGUAAAAGAGCUGGCAGAGUCACAGUCUCUUGAAAAUAAUCAGCUGAAGAGAGAAAAGGCUGCUGUUGAAAUUGAUUUGCUUAAAACACAGACAUCUCUGAAGACGUCUCAAGCACAAGCAGAUAAAGUUGAUAAGCUGAUGGAGGAGAACACAACAAUAACCAACAUGAAAGACAGUCUUGAAAAUCAAACCAGAGUCCUUGAAGAUUCAGUUUGCAAACAGAAAUAUGAAAUAUCUCAACUGACCAAAGAAAAGAUUCUCCUAGAAAGACAUGUACACGACCUUCAGGAGAGACUGAUCAAACUGGAAAGAGAAAGAUGUAAAGACUAUCAGAGCACAGCAACUCAAACGAGUGCAUCUGAGGAGCCAAAGGUUGAUAAAGAAAAGGUCCGGAUGCUUUUGCAGAGUUUGUGGGCAUGUGUAGAACCAGACAACAAAGAGCCAGCUAACAUGUUGCACCUUCCAGAGUCUGAUUACAAAGAAGCUCUUCCCUCCUCCCCACAAAAGAAACUGCAGUCUUGUUUGGGUGGAAUCUCCCCAUCUGCUUCUCAUAAGAAGCAGCAAUCCCAGAGGGAACACAUCCACGUGAAAGCCACUUACAGAGAGUUAAAUCCAGGUCCUCUUGUGCAGCAUGCCAUCGAGCAUCAGACGUCUCCUCUGCGCUCCAGAGGCAAGAAACAAGUAGAUACUCCAAAAAAGAGCAAGCGAUCAUUGAAGAGGCAACAACCCGAUGAACCGUCUCCUGAGAAGAUUGGCUUCGAACCAUCUUUUGAUGAAAUAAUGGAAAUGUUUAAACCAUUACUUCCCUGCAUAUCCCCACUACCAGACCUGGAUGCCCAGAUAGAAUCUAAGCUGAACUCUAUGGAGAUGGAUGAUUGGGAAAAGAAAGACCAGCCUGAACUGUCUGAGGACUCUGCUCUUGAAGGAAACUUUUUAAAUACCACAAAAUCCUUAUCAACCCACAAAAGUCCAAAAUCUUUUGCACCUCAGAAAGAGAGUAAUGUGAAUUUGCUGGAAGUCACAACACAGAAAUGUGAACAGAUUGCCAGUGAGGAAGACUUGAGACAAAAAGAAUUGAGUUGUGUUGCUAAACUGAAUGACAAACCAGAGAAAGAUGGUGACAAAAUGUUUCUUCAGAAAGACCUGUUACCUUUGGAGGAGCCGGCAUCAGUUAAAUUAGUACCAGCAUCCUUAUUGCCAUCAUCUUCCACGCUAGACGACACAGCUUUGGUUGAGGUUGUCUCAUUAACUAAAGGCUUAGAGCCCUCCUGUAGUGUGAAUCUGAGCAGCAGUGGUGUGAGUGUCAUUUCUGAAAUUAAAAAUGCUUUUGAAGAGGCUAAAGACAAUGACUCAGAGCCAGAAACAAAGAUGGAUGCAGACAGAAGCCUGAAUGAUGUUCUUGAUGCUACAACAGCUACACCUGAUAAUGGAGAAUUGCCAAGAGAAAGUCAUGCAGCUGCAACCUCUGAAGAGCCAGAAGAUAAGCAAAUUAUUGCUUUUUCAAAAUUGGAUGAGUCUGCAAAAAGCACCAAUAUCUCACAAACUGGUUUAGAAAUUGAAAAAAGUCCUUCUGAUUCCUUUCAGGGCAGUGAAGGUGCCACAGGACGUAACCUCAGGGAGAGUUCAGGGCCUCCCUGUAAAGACUCAGAAAUCCCAGCAUGUAUCCCAUCAAGCAGCAGUGACUGCAUGAGCCCUGUCUUUGAAGAGAGGCUGCAAAUUGAUGCAGCCAACCAGCAGCUUGAGAAAAAAGAUAGUAAUGUAGCACAAGAAACUAGAGGAGUUGAUGCUACAGCUUUUCCUUCAGAGUUGAAUGCUGAUAAUGAACCUCUGACUGUUAAUACAUCUCCAUUGUUAAAGGAUGAAGGGCACCAUGGUGACCAGGGAUGUGAUGAUGCUGAUUCUAAAACUCCAUCUAAAACGAAUGUAGAAACGAUAAAUGGUAAAGUAACAUCUGGCAGUCCACCUUCAUUAACUAACUCUCCAGAGCUGCUAACUGUGGACUGUAAAUCUUUGGAGAAAAAUACACAUUUCGUUUGCAGGCAGUUGAGUCCCACAUGUUUGUUUCCUUCUGUCAAAGUACGGGUUUUGGAAAGUCACCCUGAUAUAAAGAAGUCUAAUACAGAUGUUAACACGGAGCACAUUGCUGCAAACACAACUCCUGUUGCAUGUGUCGAUACAAAAGACAUUAUUGACAAGGUUCCUGUCAAAGAUCUCGCUCAGGAUUGCACAGACACGUGUAGCGCUACGACCCUCGUUAAGAAUGCUUCUCCCACAAAAAGACCAGAUAAAUGUUUAGAGUCAUGUCCAAAAGAGCAUGAAAAACAGUGUUCAGGUAGGAACAAGCAAGAAAACGGUAUGACAGCAAGUCCAGCUGCACCUCAAAGCCCAGAGCAUAUCGGCCAUGUUCGCUCUAAAAUGGGUCCCCCACUUCCUCCUGUUUUGACGCCUCUGAGCACACCUCAAAAGACAGGUAAAUCAAUCAACCCAAGACAUGCUAUUGGGAAACUUUCAUUUCCCUCCCCCAUGGAUGAAGUGGCUUCACCCACCACUCCUGUCCAGGCCCAUUCAACACCCAACAGCCAGGGACCGAGUUCAUCCCUCAACAGCCCCGCCCCACAAAAUGGAGUCCCCUCAUCACCACUUCAGUUCGGCUCUGCCACUCCAAAACAUGCCGUGCCAGUUCCUGGUCGCCUUCCCUUAACAGCACUGAAUUCUUCUCCAUCAUCUUCUACCAGCCCUUCUCAGGAAAACUCCAUGAGGAUUCUUGAUACCAUGUAUCCAGAACUUUCUGCCCGGGCCCGGACUCUGAGCAUUCUUAGAGGAAAUGUCAGCCUCAGCAUCAGUUCAUCAGAGAAUGGAGCGUUGCCCACCACAGCUGACAGUCAGGGAUCUGGCUUUAAAACUAUCAGUUCCAGUUCAACGGCCUUCACAAAGACUGAGAUGCGGGGAGAAAAAAGAAAAGGUAUCUGUUUGUCUCAGCCUGAAAACAGCAAAUGUCCAAAGUUUGGCAGCAGUUCCCCUGGUGUGUGCAAGCAGGUGCCUCCCCCCUUCUCAAACAGCAGAGAUGGGACCACCUCACCGCAGACGCUGAUAUUUGAACAGUUGAAGAGUGGGACACCAGUUUCUACCAAAGUUGGAGAACCUGUCGAGCAAAACCUUAUAGUUGAGUCUUUACAGAAGAUUAAGAACCAGUGCUUUGAUCUACUUCCUGUUAUCCAGAGCCACCUUUAUGUUGGUAACCUGCCCAAAAAGCCUGUCUUAAGAGAUGAAGAGAAGGAGGUCAUCUCUGAGAUUUGCCAGAGUAACUCGCUCCAUGCAGAUGACAUGGUUUUGGCCAUCCAGAAAACACUGAAAGCUGAAAAAAACAUCCUCAGCACAAACUACAUGCAAGCUCUCUGCAGAGUCUACACAGGGAUCUGUAGACAGAAAAGAGACCAUGAAAAGGCUCGCAUCCUUGCCCACAGCAUUCUCACUGAAGAUUACCCAGAUUCUGCAAAGCUGAUUUUGUUUAUGGCAACGACAUGGCCCACUUUUCUCUCACACAGCAGUUCUUUGUGCCAGGCCAUUCAUGCCAUCACCAAACUGAAAGCACAAGAAGGGCUUCUCAGCUGUCUUUCAGCAUUCCUUGGUUGGGAGAAGACUCCUCCCUGUGAUAUUGACCUGCUGAUCUCCAGAACACUGUCUGAUCUCCGGUCAGGAGCAAAUCAGUCCUUCAUCAAACACAGUCGCCAUGGAGAAGACCUGGGAUCCGAAGCUUGGGAACAAAUCUUCACACUACAUCUCUUAUGUUCACACAAGAAGUGGAAGUGGACCUAUGAAAAUGUAAUGGGCAAGGAGUUGUGGCCAUUAAUGAACACUUGGGUUACACAGCCAAGAGAUCGCCAGGAACCUGUCUCUGACAUGACGGUUGCCACGGUAAUCCGACUCACAGGACGUCUUGGUCAGCUGGGCCUUAAAGAGAACUGUGUUUCCUCGGUGGGCACUGUUGCAAAUGUCAUGAACACAUUUGGAAGGCACGGACAGAGCCAAGAUGUACCAUGGGAGGUUCAGCUGGCAGCUGUGUACUGCAUCUAUGAACUGUCUCCUUGCAAUCCCAAACAAGCCUUAGAUGCCCUGGCACAGUGGAGAGGAGAAACAAAUCAGAGUGUCCCUCCAGCUGUUACUAGUUGCAUUAAUCAGUUAGGAUCUAUUUGUAGACAAGUCAAGAGCUGAAAUAAAUAUGUAUUUAAAUCUGUAAUUAUUUUAAGGGCUAAACAAAUGCCUCAACGUUCAUUUUUGGAAUACAAUUAUUGACCAUAUAGGCACAGGCAAAAAAAAAAAAAAGUUUGUGCUCUUUG